CAAUUAAUUACUAAUCACAACAGUGACGUCUUAAAAGUGAACUAUUGGGUUCUUUGUGGAAACUAAUUUAUGAAUAUAUGAUAUCCCCCAAAUAAGUCAGCUACAGGUUGAAAUUGUGACUACUACUCUUACCAAAGGAUGGAUGUUCUGUUUAUUUCAAAUAAUACGUUUACGUCGGUUUGCCAAAACCACCAGAAGAAGAAGACGACAACGACGAUAUUGGCCCAUGGGCUAGAAGGGGCCUGCUGCGCCACUCAGCGCCAGCUGAAGCUUGGGCUCUGAUCCCUCUGGGAUUCAUCACCCAUGUGCGCAAGCUAUACAGUAGGUGGCGGUAAUACUCCUAAGGACUGAACGGCCAUUGAACCAAAAGAAGAAGAAGAAGGGCCUGCUGCGCCUACUUGGUAGGCUCAGAAGGCUGUUAUCAUCCAUCCACAUGUACACCCAUACAAAUACAAGAGAAGACUUCAGAUCCAAUCCCAGAGGAAUCCAGCUCACCGGUAACCGGACGUCUACUGGAUAACGCGGCAACGUUGCGGUAUUUCCCGCUUGAUAUUUUCAGCUGGUUUCUGUAAGUGCAAGGACUUCUGUGGUGGAAGAUGGCCCAGAGAGAGAGAACGCACAUUAAUGAGGAACAAAGGGAAACCUUGAAAUCCUUUUUUAAGGAAGGAAUGGCACGUGUUGGCUCACCCUUAAUACCAAUAGCUGCAUCAGCUACUGGAUUGGACACCAGUGUCAUAGACAACUGGAUCGGUAAUUACAAAAGGUCAUUUAAAGCAUCGUCUGAGCCCCGGCAAUCAAAGGCCAAAGUUCACAUCCGAGAGCUGUCACCAUACAAUCUUUUUUGUAGGGACAUUCUCAGAAACAAAGGCACAAUGAACGAUUUUAAGGACAGGUGGUCCACAUUAGGGAAAGAUGAGAAGCACAAAUACUGUCAAGAAGCAGCAGCACUGAGGGCACAUGGGCAGGCACAGGACCUUAGCCCUGAGAUGAGGGAUCUCAGAAUUCAAAUGCAUCUGAAGAAACUGAAGUUAGAGGUGUCCAAGCUUGAGGCUUUGGGUGUGGAAACGGCCAUUUUAUCAUUUGACCGCCAUAAGUCCAACUUACAGGUGUAUGAACUGGGCAGCAAUGGAGCUAUUGAUUUCCUUGACUCAACGGACACCGUGAACAACUUUGCACUGCAUUUCACAGCCAGCUCCUCAGCCACGACACCCAGUACCAAAGAUAAAGUCAAUGUGCUGGUGGGAAAAGUGCAAGAUCUGUUCAACCAAAAAUAUAAGGAGGCCGGAGGUACUGGAAGGCUCCCCUACCAGUCCCUGGUGAAUCGGGGCAUGACCAUAAAAGUUACUGGACUGCCCAACAGCCUUACCCUCAAGAAGCCAUCCUUUUAUGGAAGGAACCAAUUGGAAGCCAUUUUGAAAGCUGCUGAGGAGAUUUCAUUUGAAAUAAGUAAGCAAAAUGCAGCACAAGCAAACCCCACUGAUAUGGCAGAGGGAACGUCAGAGCACAUGGACGCAGAAGGUGCACAGAAGAUGAAAGAAGAGUCCUCAGAAACAGCCAUUACUAGCCAACAUGAUGACUGCAGAUGAAGAUGGAGGACAUUUGUGCUGUGUCUGCCACGUCCAUUUCGAUGACAGGAAGGAGAACGCUACAAAGAAGUGGCGUUCAUGGUCACAGUGCAGUGUGCCAAUCAUGGUCACAUACUGCAUGUGGUUUUAAAAAGAAUGUGCCUUCAACUGCCAGUGUCAAAACACCGUGCAAACACCCUGAAGCACUGCAUCAGUAGGAAAUGUGCUAUUUACUGCAUUCCAAGGUGUAUAACUUGUUUGAGCUGUCAAGAUGUGAUAGCAGGUAUUCCUCUACAUCCUUUUCAAUAAACAA